AUUUAUUUAAAUUAAAUUUAUUUACAUUUAUAUAUUUAUAGAAAUUUAUUUUAUUUAUUGCUUUUGUCCCAAGAACUCAAGUACAUGGUUUCCCUGCUCAUUUAAUCCCCAGGACAACCCUGUGAGGUAGUGACUGGCUCUGUGGCCAAGUGAGGAUUUGAACCCUGGUCUCCCAGCUGCUAAUCUGACACUCUAACCCAGGCAUCUCCAGACCUGGCCCUCCAGAUGUUUUGGGACUACAACUCCUAUCAUCCCUAGCUAACAGGACCAGUGGUCAGGGAUGAUGGGAACUGUGGUCCCAAAACAUCUGGAGGGCUGAGUUUGGGGAUGCCUGCUCUAACCAAUAUAGAAUCACUGUAGAGUUGGAAAGGUCCACAAGAGUCACCUUGUCCAAUCCCUUGCAAUGCAGGGAUAUUUCGCUCAAUGUGGGGCUAGAACCCACAACCCGGAGAUUAAGAGUCUCGUGCUCUACCAACUGAGCUAUCCCCAGCUGCCUAUAGCACACUGGUACAUUUCCAUUCCAGAAACUCUGGCCAGAUAAUUGCUUGGACUCCUUGUUCCUUAUAGUAAUAUCAUGCAGGACAAGAGAAGGCCAGUGCCGAGAAGUGCAGGUGUUUUGUACUAUUUCAUUUCUGGGUCCAGAACAUGUGUAGGCCACCUUCUCUUGUUGCUUGGCUUGGCCUCUCCCCUUCUGCAGGAGAAGGACUGGUUGGCCAAUGGCCCUGCCAAGGUUUUUUUUUUAUCAACGUGGCAGCCUUUCACCUAAAUUCUCUCCAAGUUGGCUGUACAGUACUAUAAACAUGAGCUGCUCCACUACGAGGUCAGGGUGCUUGCAAAUGGGAUGGUGAUCUGGGAAACCAAUGUUGACCUGCGUUUCUAAACUACAGAAGCAGAUGGGUCAGUAAUCGUCUGUGGAUGCAGGCACCAGACUGUCCAGGGGAGCCCCUUGCCAUGACUGGAACAAGUGCCUCGCAGCUGUGAUUGCAAAAACAUCCAAAAUUAAUAGCACCCAUUAAGUUAUGGGGUGAAGAAUGCAGGAAUCUUCUUACAGCUCACCGGGGUGAAUAAUAUCUGGAAGGAAUUGGGGGAGAUAGCUGGGAGGUCCACCUGCAAACCCAGCAGGAAGUGAAGCUGCGCAUGACAGGCAUGGCCUUGCGUGUGAUUCGCAACGAUGGCUUUCUGGCCCUCUACAGUGGGCUUAGUGCCUCCCUCUGCCGGCAGAUGACGUACUCCCUCACCCGCUUUGCCAUCUAUGAGACUGUGCGGGACCACUUGAGCCAGGGUGCCCAGGGGCCAAUGCCCUUCUACCAGAAGGUGCUGCUAGGUGCAGUAGGAGGUUUCACCGGUGGUUUCGUGGGGACCCCAGCAGACAUGGUGAAUGUCAGGAUGCAGAAUGACAUGAAGCAGCCGGCACAUCUGCGGCGCAACUACUCGCAUGCUCUGGAUGGCUUGUAUCGGGUGCUUCGUGAAGAGGGUGUGAAGAAACUGUUCUCGGGAGCUUCAAUGGCAGCAAGUCGAGGGGCCCUGGUUACCGUUGGACAGCUCUCCUGCUACGACCAGGCUAAGCAGUUGGUUCUUGGGACCGGUUUCCUCUCCGACAAUAUUCUCACCCAUUUCUUGGCCAGCUUUAUUGCUGGAGGAUGUGCCACAUUCCUGUGUCAGCCCUUGGAUGUGCUGAAGACACGCCUUAUGAACUCCCAGGGGGAGUAUCGGGGUGUCGUGCACUGUGCAAUGGAGACAGCCAAGCUUGGGCCACUGGCUUUUUAUAAGGGCCUUGUUCCUGCUGGCGUCCGCUUGGUCCCUCACACGGUGCUCACCUUUGUUUUCCUGGAGCAGCUGCGCAAAAACUUUGGGAUCAAAGUGCUGGCCUGAGGGAGAAAAGGGCCUGCCUCAGUAAGAGGCAUAAACCUGGAGGACCGGGGGCGGGGAGGGCUGGGACACUACGACCCCCCACAGUGCCCGGGUAUCACACGCUAUUCCUUUGCCCAGGUGCGGCAUUCUUAGUGCUGCGGCACCUGCUGAACUCUCGCGGAAUGCCCCCUUUCAGUGCCUGACAGUCUCUCACAGCUGCUAGCCAACCCUUCGGCAUUGCUUGGUGCCUGAUGGCAUGACAGACAGCCAAUCGGAGCUGUCUCCUUUAGUGCCCAAUAGCAGUGAGUGGCCAACCUCUUCCCACAAUGCCUUUCUCCUAUGCCCAGCAGUUCACUGGAGCCUCCAUUCCUUGCCGUUAGCAGAAGCACCACAAUACUGCCUGCCGAGCAGUAGUAACCCUGCUGACCCCCACAGCAUCUCCUCUUAAUGCCCAACAGCCCCACGAAUGCCCUCGUCUUGCCCGCCGGCAUUGCAACAUUUGCUACCACUCACUAUGGGAGCCCUGCAAGACUGAAGUUGCUCCUCCGCUGUGCCAUGGGCAGUAACUUGCCUCUUCUGCAAUACCACCAUCUUUCUCUGUCCUCUCAGGCUCCUUCGUUGUUUCUUGGGGGCGGGAGGCGGGGGGGGGAGUUGGGUGCCACGGCCUCCCAGCUCCCAGCCCCCUUGCCACGCUGAGCACUGCUUUCUCCCCUGCUCUUCUGGAGCAGAAGUGCGCCUCCAUGUGGGGAGGUAGAAACAUAAUAAUAAUAAUAAUAAUAAUAAUAAUAAUAAUAAUAAUAAUAAUAAUAAUGUUCUCUGUCCAUUUUUAAAUGCUUACGAGUGAGCUGGAGAGGGGUUCUGUUAGUUAAUGGUGGGGCUGCCAAUAGCAAUACACCUGGCAGGCACCUUUUCCUUCUUACCUACCCUUCAGUGUCCCAGAUUUUUAAAUGUUUCUACGAACACAAGGUUUCCCUCGCUGCGUCCGGCCUCCUCCCUUUUUCCUACCUCAGUUUCCUCUUAACCCUCAGGGAUGGCUCCUUGUAUUUACUGUGACUGGUAGUAGUGGUAGCAUAGGGCAAGCAACGUCACAGUCUACGGCCGGCCUAGCAAGCCUUGCCUCCUUCAUUUUGCCUCUCGCUUUAACCUUGUUCAGCCAAAGCCUCCUGAAACCAAAGGGCCUCCUUGGGGAGGGGGGGGGCACUAAUGAGACCAGAGAAUAGGUUUCUGAGGUAUUCCUCUAACUAGCAAGAGCCAAGUUAGCUCAGCCAGGGGGAGAGAACGUUUGAAUCCCUUGUGACACCACCUUCGCUUCUCAUGUACCCCAAGUGAGCAGGCCUCUUGGCAUAUGAUGGUGGAAGGGUGGUGGGGCUGUCAUAAGUCAGCAAGGCCUUUACUGAGGAUCUAGGACGGGGAGAACAUGGUCCAUAUUUUGACCCAUGGCAUGGGCCAUAGCUGCCAAGUUUUCCCUUUUCUCGCGAGGAAGCCUAUUCAGCAUAAGGGAAAAUCCCUUAAAAAAGGGGAUAACUUGGCAGCUAUGGCAUGGGCUAAGGUUGCAGGGCAGGGGGAGGCCCUCUAUUUACUAGGUUUACUCUAGAGUAGGUGUCACAGAUAGACAUUGUGUGCCUCUUAAGCUGCCAAACUUUCCCUACUCCCUGCCUGAUUUAUCCUCUGGCAAUUCCUCUGAGCCUCUUGGCAGUUUUGGAGGGAGCCUAGACGGCUGUGAAAUCUUUCCACGUUGCCUUGCUUUUUCUGUGAUGCUGUCAAGGCCCCGUUCUGUAGCUCUGAUUUUACUUUUUAAAAAAUGCCUCUGGAUCCGGCCCAUGCCUAAUGAAGUGAUUGCCCUUGUUUCUGCUGGCCUUUGUUUUGCCAGCAUGUGGUGCCCCCCUCACCGGUCAACCUCCCCCCCCCCGGUGUGAAGCGUCAUUCCAGAGGGUAAUGACUCUGCAGGGUCGAAGAACCAGAGCAAGGAAAUCAGCACUUUUGUAAUCAUGACAAUAAAGUUUAUUGUGAAAAUCAGGUGUUGCUCGUUCCUGAAGCGCCAGUCCCUUUCAACAUGUGUCAUGUGACUACGGAUUUACAUCCUCCAAAUUCGCUCUGUUGGGAAAAUGACUGAGAAGGCUAAACAGUUGUGUACAGUACUGUUAUUUAAAAUGUCCCUCAAAUGUGGUGUAUUGAACCAUUUUUAGUUAACAGUUUCCAGAGAGAGAGAGGUAGUUCCAUUUUCAACAGGUGCCAACCUAGCAUAGCCUACCGUGUUCCCCCCCCAAAAAUAAGACAUACCCAUAAUAUAAGUCGUAGCAGGAUUUCUAAGCAUUUCCGCAAUAUAAGCCAUACCCCCGAAAAUAAGACAUAGAUGCAGCGCCUCCAAGCAGCAGCUCAAUGCCCUCCGCCAUGCCAUGCCGGACCUGGAGCCCUUCCCACUGGAAUAAGACACUGCUUCCCCCCCCCCAAAAAAAAUAAGCCACAGUGUGUCUUCUUGAGGAAAAUAAAUAUAAGACAGUGUCUUAUUUUCGGGGAAACACGGUAGUUGAGUGAGCAGGGCUAGUCCAUUUCGCAGCAAGUUGCUGUUGCCAGACUUCAAGGAAUUUGAUGUCCAAAUUUUCUCCUAUGCAGUAUCUUGCUGUGGUACAAAGUGCAGUGGGAAGCUACAGGACUUAAGAUUGAGUCCCUUUAUUGUAUGAGGCAAAUGGUAUAAACCCACGUUGGGGGGUGGACCAGUGUUAGAGCCUCCGCCUUACAUACAGAAGGUCCCAGGUUCAGUCCCUGGAAUCGGCAGGAUUUCGUGUUCUGUCUCAAAACAGAGCACGAUGAAGUUCAAACACAGGUGUUGUCCCUAUGCCAUGGCUGCCAACAUUUAUCUACCCCAUACUGUGUGGCUUGCAUGAGAGGUGCGUCUGGACAAGGCGCUAAUUGGGCUGUAGAAGAAGGCCAAGGGAAUGCAAAUUCGUCAUCUUAACAAAGCUUUAUUAGGUCUGGCAAUAACAGCGCUUUGUUCCCAACCCUGCUCUUUGGGCCGCAUUCCAGUAUCCCCAGGUAAGAACAACCUAUGGACCUCUUAAGUGGCUGAGGCACAAAGUGGCAAAAAGACUGGAAGUUGUAAUUCCGUGGUAGUCGACGGGUGGCCCUAUGCCAUAUACUGCGCGGGUGGCGCUGUGGUCUAAGCCACUGAGCCUCUUGAACUUGCCAACCUAGCAGUUCGAAAUCACGCCAGCGCAAGUAGAUAAAUAGGUACUGCUGUGGCGGGAAGGUAAAUGGUGUUUCUGUGCGCUCUGGCAUCUGUCACGGUGUGCAGUUGCGCCAGAAGUGGCUUAGUCAUGCUGGCCACGUGACCCAGAAAGCUUUCUGUGGACAAAUGCCGGCUCCCUCAUCCUGAAGCAAGAUGAGCGCCACAGCCCAUAGUCUCCUUUGACUGGACUUAACCGUCUAGGGGUCCUUUACCUUUACCUUUGUACUGCAACUCUCCCAUCAUCCUUGACCAUUUGUCAUGCAGGCUGUGGCAGUAGGGAGUGGGAGUCUAACAACAUCUACAGAGCCACAGGUUCCUCACCCCUGGGGAUCUGACUUGCACCCCUUUUAAGACACAUUAGAUCCCUAUGUCUUGGUGUGAUUCUGGGGGCCAGCAGCUGUUUGUUGGCACUUAUCCUCUGUUCCUUUCCCCAAUUUAUUUAGUCUCUCCAGAUUGGAUACAGAAAGCUGCACUGUUCUGCACAGCACAGAGAGCUUACUGCCCGUAAAGGCAAGUCUCCUGGCUCUUCCUUUCUCCCCAGCUUGAUGCAUUGAGUGCUAGGUUGCUGCAUGAUGCAUAAAGCACUGGAGCCGUGGAGAUGGCUCCAGGCAUUGUCGGCACUCAGCAGAUGGAGCUUGGGUGCCAACUGUGUGCUCCGUAGUCCCAAUUAGUGAUGGAGAGGAGAUAAGCAUAUGUGACUCCUGUCUCCUCUCUCACCCCUUCCAGCGCAUUGCCAGGAUAACCUGGGUCUGGCUGACCUAUGUUGCAGCAGGACAGAGGGAGGUAUCACACAUUGAAUUUGUUUAGAGGCAGGUCCUGACGAUGCUUUAAAUGCAUGCCAAAAAUUGUAGGUCUAGCAAAUGCCUGUUUGGCUAUGCUUGUCAGGGAGCUAGGAUUGAACAUAAUACAACUGCCUUGUCGGUGGCCAGCCAGAGAAUUUUGGGGUGUCUACAGGUGGGGAAUGAGCACAAUACCUGUCUCUUGCUGCUGUUCUCCAGCUGCUGGUUUUUAGAAGCAUGCUGCCUCUUAUCCUGGAAAUAGUAUUUGUCCACCAUGGCAGGUAGUUGCUUGAUUUGCUGCUGUAUAAUGUGAAAACUGACCACAGAACACUAAAGAAGAUGUGGUCAGUCAGUCUUUUUUUAUGAAGAUAUGCAACAUCUUUCAGAGAUGCCAAGAACCUAAGCCACAUGGUUUGGUUCAGCAACUGCACCCCGGUCAAUUCACAAAAUACAUGCCAGAUGUUUCCUACGAAGGAGGCUGGUUGUUCCUAGGAUGGAGCAAGGACUGCACAACAUCCUGGCUUAGCAGGUGGGGUCAGGCCAGGAGGAAGCUGGCGAAUGCCUCUUCUUGCCAUUCAAAACAACUGCCAAAUGAGUGUGUAGGGUGCUACAAAACACUGAACAGAACUGCACAAUCCCUGAUUUGAGCAGUGUCUUGGCUUUGCACAUUAUUUAUUUCUCCUAUUUGUGUGUCGCUCUGGCAAACCUAGGCACUGGGAUCAGGUAUUCAGCUUCUAGUAUUCGUUAGACUUGACUUAAUGGUCAUAGUGGUGUAACUUUGCUUGGCCAUGGAAGAAAUGGCACAGAUGACAAAUGUCCACCGGGUCGGUGGAAAGGUGUGUGUGUAAUUUAGUUCAACCAACAUGCGUCUCGAACUCGGCCCCUGUUCUGAGUUGGUGCUUACUCCACAACUAAAAGGGUAGUCUGAGUUGCUUUCACGGCUGCUACUGCUUCCACUUGACUAGUGUAGUUUGGUUUAGGUAGCAUAAGGAGCCCUGAGUAGUAUAAGCAAGGGUACCUGGCAGGGGUACCAA